CCGCCAAUCUAGCAACCUUGCCCGCCCUGACCCUCUCAGUUAUCGCGGCUCAAAGGACCCAGAAAGCCUCGCCCGCUUGAACCUUUUAUUUUCCCUGUCUCCAGCCAACGGCGAUACCUUCUGGAUUACACCCCGAGGUGAGGGCGAAGUGACGAAGGAGCUGGUCGCACGAGCAGCGAUGACUUCGUCCAUUGCUGGCCUAAAUGGCCUGCAAAACAGCCUUGGUGCCGACAGAGACACACAGCCUGUCGCAUCCAGGACCGUGACAACGACAUCAACAGAAACAGAAACACAAACACAAACUGCGACUUCACCAGCUGCGACGCCAUCAAAUGCGACUCCCACUCCAUCUGCGACAAAGAUAAACGCGACUUCGCAUUCACCGGCGAGCAACGACGAAAACCGCGAUUCAGAAGUUGCUGACCAGGCACUAGCCAAACUCCCAGUCCCGGCACCUUCUGCUUCUGCUUCUGCCUCAAUUCAAACUUCAAAUUCAAAUGGAAACUCUGUUGGGUUUUCCUCCUCUUCCACUACGGCCAAGACUGCCGACCCUUCAAACUCAACUACCACAUCAACUUCCGCGCCUCCCUCGACUGCUACCCUACCAGCUGCAUCUGCUCCUCCUCCAACAGUUCCAUUAAAUCCUUCACCAGAAGAAACCUCGGCUGCUCCUGCACCAAAGGCUGCAACCCCUAACCAAGAAACAGCAUCUUCUGCCCCGAAGAAAGUGUCAGACUCUCAACCUUCACCAUCUACGCCGCCCGCAACUCACGGCGUCCCGAGCGCUCCUGCCAUAGCCGCUGAUGCUACCACAUCAAUAUCACAGCAGCAACCGGAGACGCCAUUGAAUACCGAGGCUUCAGCUCCCGUGAAUGUUAACUCUGGCGAUCACCCAACGCUCGACACUUCUACCCCUCGCGAUGCGGCUGCAACAUUAAACAUUGAUCAAGCUCAACAAUCUACACCUUUGCAGCUGCAGAUGCAGGCCGACAACAGGGGAGAACACUUUGCGCCGUCGACUCCUUAUGCUGCGACUUCGAUGCCCACCAUCGACCAGCACGCUUACAUGAUGAUGGCACUGGCUACAAUGUCAGGGGCCGCGACAGCCAUGUCACCGCCCCCCACAGUCACGCCAGCUCAAGUCACUCUGCCUAACCUGUUGAACGAGUCUUUCCAAGGCGUCGCUCCGACAAAUUCGACACGCCAAACGGAUUCCCACAAGGCUCUUGAAUCCUUUGCACGUAUCGAAUUUGCCGACAGCGUGUUUCAGAUGACCACCUACGCUGUCAUAAUUGGAAGAGAUCAGCGUGCACUGGAGCAAGCACGUCGUGAUGAAAGACGUGCCGAAGAGCAUCGGCGGCGUGCUGAAGAGAACGUGCACCUAGGUCUCCCGCCACCUUCCCCGAUACACCCAGAUCGAAGCAAGUUCAGCAAAUCCUAUGUCAGUGAAGAGGGAGGUAUGCUAGGCCCCGAAUCAGAUACGGGGGAAAACCCCCGACCAACGAAAAGGCGUAAGACGAGUACACAGGGCUCAUCACAGCACGACUUGGAUGAAGCGGCGGCACAAGCUCAGGAAAACAUGAUUUCUAACCGACAAUAUGUUUCUCACACGCCUGGUGCUGCAGCAGUUGAUUUGGGCUCUCUGCGCCCCUCGCCAUAUCAUGUUCCGUUCAUUGGUAUCCACUCACCGGGUCCAAACAUUGCAUCCAAGACGAAAGCAAUUUCCCGGGAGCAUUUGAAGAUUGCGUACAAUCAAGACAUGGGUGUCUUUGAAGCUAUACCCCUCCAUAAGAAUGGAUUUUUCUGUGAGGAUGUGCACUACAACCGUGAAAAGCUCGUACUGCGAUGCGGCGAUCGAUUGCAAAUCAAAGACGUCGACUUCCGAUUUCUCAUCAAUGGUGUUGAGAGGGGCCGAACGGGUGCCGAGGAGGAUGUUGAUGAAGAACCCGUCAUGGCCCUCAAAAAGCGACACGCCCAAGGCGGAAAAGAGAUGAGUUUCGAUUUUGAGUCUGCGCAUGGUAACGGCGAGAUUCAGGACACGAGCGACGAGUUGUCUGAUGUGGCAAGCCCACCUGAGUCUCCUGACUUUGGUGAUGGCGAUGAAGAUGAGGCUGAGGUUGAAGCAGAGGCUGAGGAGCUAGCAGCCAUCCAAACAGUAGAGACAGCCCCAGAAAAGGAGGCCAGGAUCGAAGCUGAUAUAGAAGAGGAGGCAGACGGUGAAAUGGAUGCAGAAAUGGACAUGGAUAUGGACAUGGACAUGGACAUGGAUAUCGAUGAGAUGCCGAUUACGGAAGCGGAAUCUGGAUUGAAGCAGGAGGGCAUGCUUGAUCCUCAUCAGGAGCAUUUGAUGCCCCAGAUACCCAAGAAGAGGGGGCCCGGCCGUCCACCCAAGAAUGGCAUUAUGUCGAAACGAGAGCAGCGGCUGCUGAAGAAGCAACAGCAAGAGAUGGCGAAGAAGACCUUGCCACAGGCGCCCCCAGUAGAGCCACCAAUCAAACGUAAGGUCGGGCGGCCUCGAAAACAUCCUUUGCCGGAAGGAUCCUCGGAGAGACCAGAAAAACAGAGGCGAGCAAGAGAAAAGAAGGAGAAGAAAGCUCGACCAAAAUCCCCCCCUUGGAGCUCAAGAUCGAGGACUAUACCGAUGAACAGCUCCAGAAGCCGAACAAGAACUAUGGUGUGCUUAUCGACGAAACGCUCACAGCGGCUGGACCGGACGGCCUUACGCUCAAACAGAUUUACAAAAGAAUUUGUCAGAGAUAUCCCUGGUUCUACUUCCAUACAGAAACGAAAGGCUGGGAAAGUAGUGUGCGCCACAAUCUUAUCGGAAACGAAGCUUUCAGAAAAGAUGAGACUACGAACCUUUGGUCUCGUGUUCCAGGUGUUGAACUCGAUGCUGGUAAGAAGAGGAAAGCCUCGUCACCAGAUCGUACAGCAGCACACGCAUAUGGUCAAUAUCCAGCUCCGUAUGCCUACAAUGCCCAGCAUAUGGCACCUGGAGCUCCCGGCUACCCACCUGGCCAAGCACCUCCUGGCUAUCAAAUGCCAACAUAUACGGCACAGCAAACCCAACCAGGGCGGCCAGCGCAGCCAUAUGGUAUGUCUGCAUCACCACCAGCCCCGGGUCAACCAGCCCCAGUAGCGGUGGCAUCACAACCGCCGGCGCCAGCACAGCUGCCACCAGGUUAUGGACCUCCACCAGCCCCUGCCCGCCCACAGCUUGGGGUGCCCCCGCAGGGUACUUACAGCUCUCCAUACGCACCACGGCCACCUCCACCAGCAAACACCCCGAUCAAGAGUGAGGAAGGGCACGCCAAUGCCACCGCCGUUCCUACUGGUGCAUCCCUCGCGCAGCAGCAACAGCAGCAGCACCCCCCUCCCCCAGUGCCUCUGGCUGUGGCUGCGAAGACUGUGCCUGGAGCUGG